AUUAAAUGAGCAGUUGGAGAUUUGUUCUGGGGUGAUCAUGGGGGAGGAAUCCUGAUGAUCUAAACCAGAACCUGAAUAAAAAAUUGAUCUAAGCCAGCUACAGAAAACCCCAUUUGCUACAUUAAUCUAAUCAAUCAAUAUUGAAUUGGUCCCUUCUGACAGCUCCCCAUCAACGACUACUUUCUGCUAUAUAUAAUCUCCGUUUCAUGCAGGCUUUUAUCUCAGCCGACACCCACCAAAAACAAAACCACCUUCGCCCCCCUCCCUCCUUCCUUUUCUCUUCCGAACAGGGAAACUCCUGCACAUUGCCAGAGGGUGGUGUUCCUCAGUGAUCAUCGAUGACAGGUCCGCGGGCCGACCCGGUGAGGGGUCGGUUUUGGCCCCAAGUGUUAGUGGCCUUGGCCAUUGUUGUUGUUGCAAGCAAUGUAGGUUCAGUGUCUGCAGAUGCUUAUCCAUACUCAUCACCUCCUCCACCUUAUGAGUACAAGUCACCUCCACCGCCAUCUCCUUCUCCACCACCACCAUAUGAGUAUAAAUCUCCACCACCACCACCACCUUAUGAGUACAAGUCCCCACCUCCACCAUCUCCAUCACCACCUCCUCCAUACCACUACCACUCUCCACCACCACCAAAGCAUGAAGAAAAACCCCCGUACUACUACAAAUCUCCACCACCUCCAUCCCCAUCCCCACCUCCUCCAUACUAUUACGAGUCUCCACCACCACCAAAACAUGAAGAAAAACCACCAUACUACUACAAGUCUCCUCCACCUCCAUCUCCAUCACCACCUCCUCCAUACUACUACAAGUCUCCACCACCACCAAAACAUGAAGAAAAACCCCCAUACUACUACAAGUCUCCUCCACCUCCAGUAAAGCCUCCACCAAAACCAUAUUAUUAUAAAUCUCCUCCACCACCAUCUCCUUCACCACCUCCACCUUACUACUAUAAGUCUCCACCACCACCUUCACCAUCUCCUCGACCUCCUUACUACUACAAGUCUCCACCACCUCCUCCACAUUACGUCUCACCACCAUACUAUUAUAAAUCUCCACCACCACCAGCUAAAUCUCCUCCUUACUACUACAAUUCUCCCCCACCACCAGCUCCUUAUUACCCUGCCCCUCACCCUUAUCCCCACCACCAUCCACUCAUAGUCAAGGUGGUUGGUAAAGUUUACUGCUACAGAUGCUAUGACUGGGGAUAUCCAGUGAAGUCACACGACAAGAAACAUCUUAAAGGUGCUGUUGUGGAAGUAACUUGCAAUGUCGGUGAAAAGAAGGUUAAGGCCUAUGGAAAAACCAAGAUCAAUGGAAAAUUCAGCAUCACGGUUGAAGGAUUUGACUAUGCCAAAUAUGGAGCCGAGGCAUGCAAGGCCAAGCUCCACGCUGCACCCACUGGUUCACCAUGCAACAUUCCCACCAGUCUACACGAGGGCAACACGGGUGCUGAGCUCAAGGUGAAGUCAAAGACCAAGUACGAGGUUGUGCUCAAGGCUAAGCCAUUUGCCUAUGCUCCAAAGACUCCUUACAAGGAGUGUGAAAAGCCGAAGCCAAAGCCGAAGCCUCCAACUCCUUACUACUAUACUUCUCCACCACCACCUACACCCGUUUAUAUCUAUAAAUCACCACCUCCUCCACCACCAACAUACGUCUACAAGUCACCACCACCUCCAUCCCACCCAUACAAGCCACCAACUGAGCCAUACAAACCACCACCAUACUACUACAAAUCUCCACCUCCACCAUCACCCUCCUACAUCUAUAAGUCACCACCCCCACCAACCCCCACUUACGUUUACAAAUCACCACCACCUCCAUCUCACCCAUACAAGCCACCAACUGAACCAUACAAACCACCACCAUACUACUACAAGUCCCCACCUCCACCAUCACCCACCUACGUCUACAAAUCACCACCACCUCCAUCUCACCCAUACAAGCCACCAACUGAGCCAUACAAACCACCACCAUACUACUACAAAUCUCCACCUCCACCAUCACCCACCUACGUCUACAAGUCACCACCCCCACCAACCCCUACUUACGUCUACAAAUCACCACCACCUCCAUCUCACCCAUACAAGCCACCAACUGAGCCACACAAACCACCACCAUACUACUACAAGUCACCACCUCCACCAUCGCCUACUUACAUCUACAAAUCACCACCACCUCCAUCUCACCCAUACAAGCCACCAACUGAGCCACACAAGCCACCACCAUACUACUACAAGUCACCACCUCCACCAUCGCCUACUUACAUCUACAAAUCACCACCACCUCCACCAUACUACUAUAAAUCCCCACCACCUCCAUCUCCAUCCCCACCUCCUCCAUACUAUUACGAGUCUCCACCACCACCAAAACACGAAGAAAAACCUCCAUACUACUACAAGUCUCCUCCACCUCCAUCUCCAUCCCCACCUCCUCCAUACUACUACAAGUCUCCACCACCUCCUCCACAUUACGUCUCACCACCAUACUAUUAUAAAUCUCCACCACCACCAUCGCCAUCUCCUCUUCCACCAUACUACUACAAAUCCCCGCCACCACCAGUCCAUUCUCCACCACCACCAUACUAUUACAAAUCUCCACCACCACCAUCGCCAUCUCCUCUUCCACCAUACUACUACAAAUCACCUCCACCUCCUUCACCCUCUCCCACACCCCCAUAUUAUUACAAGUCUCCACCACCACCAGUCCAUUCCCCUCCACCACCAUACUACUACAAAUCACCACCACCUCCAAUAAAGUCUCCAGCACCAGUCUACCACUACAACUCUCCUCCUCCACCAUCACCAUCUCCUCAUCCUCCAUAUUACUACAAAUCCCCACCACCUCCAUCUCCAUCACCAUUACCCCCAUAUUACUACAAAUCUCCUCCUCCACCGUCGCCAUCUCCUCUUCCACCCUAUUACUACAAAUCCCCACCACCACCAGUCCACUCUCCACCACCACCAUACUACUACAAGUCCCCACCACCACCAUCGCCAUCUCCUCUUCCACCAUACUACUACAAAUCCCCUCCACCUCCUUCACCCUCUCCUCCACCACCAUACUAUUACAAAUCACCACCACCUCCAGUAGAGGCUCCGGCACCAACCUAUCACUACAAAUCCCCACCACCACCAUACUACUACAACUCUCCCCCACCACCCCCAUAUUAUUACAAGUCCCCACCCCCACCUUCCCCAUCACCACCACCUCCCUACUACUACAAGUCUCCACCUCCACCUUCCCCGUCACCACCACAUCCUUACUAUUACAAAUCCCCACCUCCUCCCUCACCCUCACCCCUUCCCCCAUAUUACUACCACUCACCUCCCCCACCAGUGACAUCACCUCCACCUCCGGUCUACAUUUACGCUUCUCCUCCACCACCAACUCACUACUAGGCUCAGAAAGAUCAACCACAAAAUUACAUCGUUCAUGUUUUAGUUUCAGCAAAGGAAUAAAGCAAGGCACCGGGAAGGAGAGAUUUGGACAUCAAACAUUUCCACUUUCAAGUCCAUUCAAUAAAGGCCUGAACAUUUCAUUGGAGAGCUACAAUUUUGGUAAUCCAGGCCAGAUAACUUCCACUUCCCUGGUGGCCAUAUUACACAUGCUCUUAAUUUAUCAGAAGAGAGUGAGAGUGGUUUUCCCAGGGUGGCUGUUGUAGUUUGUUUGUUACUGUUCAAUUACCAAUUUAUUGGUUUCACCUAAUUUAUUUGUGUAUAGCAAAGUGGCCAUUGUAUGGUUAAGCGUUCUAUUUAUUGUGGGCAUGCAUUUGUUUCGUGGAUCUUGUUGUACUACGUGCACUGAGAUAGCAAUAAAGGAAGAUAUUCCUGUCACAA